AAUAACUGCCAUUGCGGUUACUAGUACUCCUCCAACAAUUCAUCUCGAUACCCACACAUAUACGCCAAUUGCCCGGCACAGCCAUGUUACGAACGGCUGCCUCGCCCUGGGCGAACCUGGCCCGCACAUGCGCACCCGCUGGCCGCCCAUCAAUUGCGGCGCGAUGCAUUAACAUCUCGGCCACCAGCCCGUCGCCAGAACCAAGCCUGCAGCAGGCAGUCAGUGUUGAGGGCACCGCCACGCCCAUGCACACACCCGACGCCCGCUUCGACGUCAUCGGCACGCCCUUCUCCCUCCUCUCCGUCUCCCUCUCGGCCUCGCAGACGCUCUACACCCGUCGCGGCACCCUCGUCGGCCUCAGCGGCAAGUCGGAAAACACCCUGUCUACUCUUUCCGUCCUCGAGCCUUUUCAGCGCGCGCCCGUCGGCAUUCCCUUCCUCUAUCAAAAAGUGUCGUCGACCAGUCCCGUCACAGCCCUCAUCUCCACCAAGACCCCGAUAUCGAGUAUUGUGUCCGUAAAUCUGGAUGGAAGGGAUGACUGGAUCAUCAGCCAAAGGCAGGCACUUCUUGCGUGGACUGGCCUCACUUUGAAGCUGAAGCCGCAAUACAAUGUCAAGCUCGGCCUGGCACAUUGGGGAAACACAUACAUCACAGGUCGAGGUCUGCUCGCACUGACAGGAAACGGCCAGAUUUACCAGGUCCACGUCAAGGCUGGCGAGAGCUACGUAGCCCACCCUAGCAAUGUGGUAGCAUACACAGCCUCCAACACCCCUCCCGUCCCCUUCCGCUUCAAGUCGUCCAAUUUGCGAUUCCAAGUUCCAGACCUAGGCUUCGGCUCGUUGGUCCAGAAUACACAGUUUUUCCGAACAAUGAGCAAGACGGCUACAUGGCGCGCGCUAGCCACCACAUACCACACCCUCAAGACAUGGAUGCGGAGGACAGUCUGGGGAGACAGGCUCUUCCUCCGCUUCGAGGGCCCAACCACCAUGCUCGUCCAAUCGCGUGCUUCACGCAUCAGUGACGUUCUCACACUACGAGACGUCGAUGAAAUUGCCGACAGCCCGCCUGGCGCCGUUGAAGACGCCGUGACGAGGAAAAUCAAGGAAGAAAUCAAGUCGAUUGGCGAACAAGGCACAAAGGCACCCGUACCAAACACAGAUGCGUCUGGAACAGUGCGAUAUGCCACCAUCAAGGAUGGCAAGGCCGAGUUUGAAAAGCCAUCUGUAUAAAAACAGCAAGCAGAAAUCUCCUCUUUACAUACAUACCCAUUUUUGCAAUUGAGCCUCAUUCAAGCAAAACAAAUACAAUAUACAUGUCAAAUAUCCUGGUGUGAAAAAAAAUACCCAUUGCCAUUGCAAGUCAGCUACCCUUCUACUUCGCCUUUCCAGCCGCCUUCUCCCUAAUCCUCUCUUCCUUCUCAAACUUUUGCUCGAAAAUCCUGAAAAACAAGUCCAACCACUCUUGCUCACGAUGGCUCAGUUGCCGCGCAGGAUGCUUCCAGGUACCCGCUAAGAUCUCCUUGACCCUGCGCCUCAGCACUUUUAGGCCCACGGCUGCGCGCCAUUCUCUUACCGAGAACCUGACUACGUUGCCCGGCAGACUAAUGACACCCGCGUGCAGUUUGAAGUCGAGAUCC